UAAUCCACAAAUAAGUCUACGUUUUCCAUACUUUUAAAUUUUAAGGACGACCAAAUCAUGUUAAAAACUUAAUAUCUAUAUUUUUUUUCUAAAUAACAGUUUAUUUAAAACAACUGCAGUCAACUAUUGUUUUUUUUUUUGGCGCGAUCUCCACGGUAACAGCAGCUUUUCUGGUUGGUGAAUGAGGUUCACGUGAUGCGUCGGUUAAUUUCUCCCGCUGAAGUUGAAGAAGACGUCUCAGACAACCGCUGUUCAGGACUGUGCAUGGGCAAGAAAACUUGACAGACUGUUGGUAUGGAUGGUAAUUGGAGUUACAAUGAGAGGAGCAAUGUGAGAAGACGGGCAUUAAAAAAAGUUGAUGAACUAAUACAGACAAUAGAUAGUGAGUGUAGCAGGCAAGAGUUUGAAAUAAAUUAUGCAGACAGCUUCAAUGAUGAAACUUCUAUAUGGUUUGAGGAGGAGUUUCAGAGCAGCAGAGAUAGUGGGAAUGAACAGAUUCCAAAGGAUAGGUUUCUGUCUGAUGAGGAGGAAAUGGAUCAUAGUGAUGCAUGCAGUGACACUAUUUAUGACUUGAAGGAUUCUCUUGCUGACUGGGCCACUGAGUUUAGCAUUCCCCUGAUUGCGUUAUCAGCCCUGCUCUGCAUUUUACAAGUUCACCAUCCUUCUCUGCCAAAAGAUGGGCGAACAUUACUUAAAACAAAAACAGCAUACAAAAUAGAAACUCUAUCAGGUGGAAUGUUUCACUACUUUGGAAUACUAAGCUCGUUUUAUGGACUGUUGAAUAAGGUGUGGUCUAUUGUCCCAGAUAGACACUUAUUUAAAUUACAGCUGAAUUUUGACGGCCUACCCCUGUUCAAAAGCAGUAGUACUCAGUUUUGGCCCAUUCUUGGUAUGUUGCAGGGGUACAGUGAGAAACCAGUGUUGAUUGGUCUUUUUUGUGGCAACACUAAACCAAAGUCUUUGUCAGAGUAUUUGCAACAUCUGGUGUGUGAAUUAAAGUCACUGAGCAGUGGGUUUGUUUUUCAGGGAAAGAGGUUCUUUUUGAACAUCUGCUCUGUUGUAUGUGACACUCCAGCCCGAGCCUUUGUGAAAGGAGUGAAAUCACACUGUGCAUACCAUGGAUGUGACAAGUGUCACCAAAUUGGUGUCCGUAUAGGACAUCGAAUGACAUUUCCUGAUUUAAGUGCAAGACGUAGAACGGACGAAUGCUUUAGAAAAAAUACAGAUGUAGAACACCACCAUGAACACUCACCUUUAGCUGACCUUAAUAUUGACAUGGUUGCCAGCUUCCCUUAUGAUUACAUGCACUUAGUAUGCUUAGGGGUUAUGAGGCGUCUGCUUGAUUUGUGGAUGGGUCCUCCUGGACCCCUGCGUUGUCGUAUGUCAAGCAGUCAAGCUUCCUUGAUUUCAGAGAGACUACUUUCUUUGAGGGAUUACAUUCCUUCUGAGUUCACUAGAAGACCACGUACACUGGCUGAAAAAAGUAGGUGGAAGGCCUCAGAAUUUCGUCAGUUCCUGCUGUACACUGGACCUGUUGUACUGAAGGGUGUAUUAAAGUCUCAAAUUUAUGACAAUUUCAUGCUUUUGUCAAUUGGCGUACACAUAUUACUGAGUUCAGAAUAUUGUUUGAAGAUGAACAAUCUGGCCAGUUCCCUUUUGGUGUCUUUUGUUGAACAUUUUGGUCAGCUUUAUGGACAAGAAAUUUUAGUUUACAAUUUUCAUGGUUUGGUCCAUCUUUGUGAAGAUGUAAAAAUCCAUGGUAAUUUGGAUUUAUUUUCAUCUUUUCCAUAUGAGAAUUUCUUGGGUCAUCUUAAAAAACUGGUUAGAGGCCCACGAAAUCCUUUGACACAAGUGAUCCGCAGGUUGUCUGAAAUUGAUGAAGCCAGCUCCAACUGUAAUCUUAAUGCAAAGACAUCCAAAGAUUAUAAAUCGGAACAUACUGAAGGGCCAGUACCACAAUUUUUCACAGGACAAGUAAAACAGUUUAAAGUGUUGUCCAUGGAUGGUGCCGUUAUCAAAACUACAAAUAGAGAUUCCUGCAUCAAAAUAAAGAACAAGUUUGUUUUGGUUGAAAAUAUUAUUGUUGAUAGGGGAGUGGAAUAUUUUGUCGGUAGGGACUACAGAUGCAAGGAAUCAUUCUUUGAAUACCCUUUUGACUCUACAGAGUUGGACAUCUUUGUGGUUUCUAACUUGUCUUUGACACUGAAACAUUUUCAGAGAGUGGAGAGUGUGCAAAAAUAUGUCAGACUGCCAUUUCAUGACAAGUUUGUUGUGAUACCUUUGCUGCAUUUAAACAAACCACACGGCAGCUAUUGAUUUACAUUAUACUUAAACAUUUUUUUGGUAGCAUGCAGUUGUUUAUGGGUCCAGUAAAUCUGCAGUUUAUAUUUUGUUGCUUUCUUUGUAUCUGCGGUACAUGUUGUGUGCAAUUACAGUUCCCAAAAAUAGUCUCUCUUCUCACAUUAUCCACUCAAAAGUGUUCCUACAGAUUAUUUUGAAAAGGCAUAUAAAUGACUAAAUUACAAUUUUAUUUUGUUUAGACAAUGUAUCACAUUGUGAUUUUUGAAAAAACUAAUGAAGUAGAAGUGGUGCCUUCCAAUUGGGUCAAAGAAAAUGAAUGUAUGUGGCCACCAAAUAAAGUGGAUGUUGUAAAAGCCACAAAAAAUAAGGAGCAACCUGGGGAAGGAUGGACUCCACACAGGGUCAGAAUAAUAUUUACAUCGAACAGUUACAGUGAGGCAAGAUUAAAACUACCUGAAGCUGUCGAACACACAGACCUUGCAACAGAUAGGGAGGAUUCCCCAAUUAAACCCAAACGAAGAAGAAUGCCAAAGAACCUAUUUUUUCCUGGAGAAGAUGAGGAUGAAAAAAUCAGUGUUGAUCAGUCAAAAGAUAAUGCAAAGAAAAGAAAAGAAGAACUGCCUAGAGCUCCGAAGAUCUUUCACUCAUUUGCUUCUGACUCCCAAAGGAUGCAGAAGACUGGAUCUACUCAGAAGUCUGUGUUGGCCAAAUCUAAGCCAACAAAAUUUUUACCAAAUAUCCCUCCUAAUUCCCAAAGUCAUCAUACUUCUAAUGUACCUAAGAGGACCCACACACAUUCUGACCAGUCUCGAAGAAACCAUGCAACUGCUGAUCCACUUGAGAGGAGCCGCAUUAACCCUGACCCGCUUCAGAGAAGCCGCACUUCUAACCAGCUUCAGAGAUUCCACACAAGCUGUACUUCUCCCAACUUGUCUGACAAUGAUUGCACUCCACCUGACCUGCUUCAGAGAUGCCAUGCUUCCCCGGAUUCACGACCGAGAAAAAGUUCAACUACUGAGCCAUUUCAGAAGGUCCAGACUUCCUCUGAUCCACUUCGAAGUGGCCACAAAACUUCAGACUCCGUUCAGAGAGGCCGCAAUUCCCCUGAUCCGCUUCAGAGAAGCCACACAACUGCUGAGCCGUUUCAGAAAGUCCACACUUCCCCUGACCCGCUUCAAAGAAACCAUGCAAAUUCUGACCCGUUACAAAGACGCAACACUUCCCCUGACCUGCUUCAGAGAAGCUGUAUUUCUCCUGACUUGUUUGAGAUAGAUUAUACUCUCCCUGACCCUUUUCAAAGAAGUCACUCUCCCCCCUGACCCACUGCAAAGAAGCUGCAUUUCCCCUGAUCGUUGUCAGAGAGGGAUUGUUUAUCACCAGCCACAAGGACUAUUAAGACAUCAAGCUGUUCUUGAUACUUCCCUCCUGCGUAACAUUCUCACAAAUCAAGAGAUCAUGAUGGACCAAAUGAAGAUAAUCUAUAGGACAGUUCAGGGUCUAAAAUCUGUCAGUGAAGAAGACAUAGGCCUUGAAGCAAACCUACUGCCAGUAGCUGAUCUUCAGUCUCUGCAAAACUUGGAGGAGCGAUUGAGAAAAUUUCCUGACUUUCAAAAGCAAUUGAUAAGCAUGUUGGCAAUGAAAGGUGGGACAGACACCAGAGAUGGAGUUUGGAGAAUAAUGACAGCAACAAUCACAAACUCCCUGGCCAAGAAUAUAAAUAUGCGUGGUGUUAAUGGGAAGAUCAGCUUUAAAAGCUUGCAGUUACGAAACAUUGUUCUUGCUGCUGUCAGAAAAAAUCGCCUCACACAACAUGCCACCGAUCAGGAGAUUGAAUCAACCAUUCAAAGAUGGCUUCAGCUUGCUCCUGAUCGAGAUGGAGGAAGGAGAGAGCGCUUAAGGAAAAAAGAGGCCCAAAUAGGAUCACUUUCUCCCACACACACACAUUCUGAUGUGUAAAUUUUUUUAAUUUGCUCUAUGUUUGUUUAGAGUAAAUUAGAUUAUAAUGUUCAAAUUUCAGUACUAGAUUUCUUUUAGAUUCAUUUAGUUAGGUAGCUCAUAUAGCGUUCACACAGUUGCACAACUCUAGCUGUCCUUUCUUUUCUUUUUUUGGCUUGUGCAUUACUAAAGUAUCUAAGCUUGAACAUUUUGAAAUUAUAUGCUCUUUUACGGGUUGUAAUAAGAUGUUACACUUCGAAUGUACAAAAUAAAAUAGCAUUCACACUGUUACACAAUUCUAGGUGUAAUAUAUAUAUAUAUAUUCUUGGCUGGUAUUACUGUUAAAUAAAAUUUAAAUUGAAUAAAAUAUAGAAUUUUUCUGUGACUUAUUUGUUCACAUGGUUUGGGUAAGAUUAGUCUGGGUUAUGGCUCAGUUUUGGGGUUUCUGGUUAAAGGGUGGUGUUGAUAUGGUUAACUUAUGACUGAGAAUUGGUACCAAUAAUAAAACCUGUUUUGGCCCAGUUCAGGGCCAGUUAAGGGUGACUUACUGGCUGAGAUUUGGGCCAGUUAUGGCCCAUGUGUAACCCUUGUAUUUAAUCCAGUUCUGGGCCACUUCAGGGCCGUCAUUCUUUGCGGUACUUGGACCGAGGGUUAUUGGUUUGUGUCUGAACUAUUUUUGAGAAUUGAAUUUUCUUGUGCCUUUUUUUGUUCACAUGGUUUGGGUAAGAUUAGUCUGGGUUAUGGCUCAGUUUUGGGGUUUCUGGUUAAAGGGUGGUGUUGAUAUGGUUAACUUAUGGCUGAGAAUUGGUACCAAUAAUAAAACCUGUUUUGGCCCAGUUCAGGGCCAGUUAAGGGUGACUUACUGGCUGAGAUUCGGGCCAGUUAUGGCCCAUGUGUGACCCUUGUAUUUAAUCCAGUUCUGGGCCACUUCAGGGCCGUCAUUCUUUGCGGUACUUGGGCCGAGGGAAAAGUGAUUGUGUGGCCCGGAGCUGGGCCAGAAAAAAAUUGCUAUG